AUGAAAAUAUCAACAAUAAUUUUUAUGAUUGUAACUGUUAUAGCUGUUCGAGGAAACGACGAUUUCCGAACGAUCGACAGUAUCAGACAGGAAGCACCAUGUUCGUCGCAAGGCAUAUGCACUAUAGCAGCUGAUUGUCCUAAAGGUAAACUCGUGGAACAAUCAGGAUUAUGUCCAACGCAAAGAAGUCAAGGAGUCGAAUGUUGUUAUGGAUUGUCGGUGAAAGAAACACGUUGUAGGAAACAUGGUGGCAGUUGCGUAUCUGCAGAAGAAUUUUGCAAUCAUAAACUGAUUUAUUAUGAAGCAAGUGACUGCGGAAACGGAUUUAAGUGUUGUAUAAGGGUCUGA